CAGUCACUACAACAUCAUCUCCACUUCGGGAUCGCGUUUUGGUGCUACGAAAUAUGCCUUCAAUCGUAAUUUCAAAGGCGCGUCGAUAAGUGAUGAAUUACUGGCGAUCAGGGCUCGGAUGAUGUCCGCCUUCAGACGGCCGGCUUCCCAUUCAUGUUCAGUAGACUGGUCCAACAGCCAGUCAAGGAAGCCUGACAGCCCGAGGAACGUUUGCAAGCCGAAAGGAUGUGCUAGCAGGGAAGCAAAGGCAUGA